ACCUGAGAGAGUGAAAAUAGGGUAAUGAAAAGGGUGUAAACGUAACUUCAUCGCUAUAUAUAGUUCCGUGAUAUCAACGCAGCAGCUGAGAGAGAGAUAAAGAUAGAUAUACAGAGUUACAGAGAGUUCUUCAAAUCCGAUCACCGAACACUCUCGAAAAUCCCCAAAACAAUCUGAACCAUGUCGUGGCAAGUUUACGUGGACGACCACCUCCUCUGCGAAAUUGAGGGAAACCACCUUACUCACGCCGCUAUCAUCGGCCAUGACGGCAGCGUUUGGGCUCAGAGCUCCAGCUUCCCUCAGUUUAAACCUGAGGAAAUAACUGGGAUCAUGAAUGACUUUAAUGAGCCUGGAACACUUGCUCCCACUGGAUUGUAUAUUGGUGGCACUAAAUAUAUGGUCAUCCAAGGUGAACCUGGUGCUGUCAUUCGAGGCAAGAAGGGUCCUGGUGGUGUUACCGUCAAGAAGACCAAUUUGGCCUUGGUCAUUGGCAUUUAUGAUGAGCCCAUGACUCCGGGUCAAUGCAACAUGAUAGUUGAAAGGCUUGGUGAUUAUCUCAUUGAUCAGGGUCUCUAAUCCCCUCUUUGUGACUUGUUAUAGUGCAUAUUUCAUUGGCUUCUGUACAAGUUUUUGCUUCGACCUCUACUGGAAUGCUUUGAUUGCCGUGUAAUAAUAUUGUUGGGUAUCAAAAGUCAGGGCAUGUGCGUGUUGCGAAGAAAGUGUUUUGGUGCUUAAGAAUUAUGACUAUUAUUCUCUAUGAUUGUACUUUUUUAGUGGGGUACCUGUAUACAUUACACUGGUUUUAAAUUUUAUUGAUAUGGUAUAAUGGUUCUCACAUUUAUCAGAAGUUGGCAGAUUCUUAUCCA